AGAUUGAGAGUGACGCCGGGACAUUGACGGAUGGGUAAAGAUUGCAUUAGACCUAUCAUGUCUGUUUAACUUCCAGGGAGCUCCGGAGAGAAGGAACGACAGAAACAGUCGUACGGAUCCAUUUUUGGGGUUUAUGACACGGAGACGCGUCAAUCCCACAGCGCCAAACCCAGCGGAGAAAACACCGCGGCAGAGCAAAGCGGCUUCGGGAUCAUUACCGCCAAUCCUGAGUGUUCCUCAGACGACCAAGUCCCCUUCCCCCUCCCUACUGCCAUUGAACGCUGCAGACCCCGCCCUCUUCCUCCACCAUGACGGUUGCUACGGGUGACCCCGGGGAUGAGGCCGCCGCCCAUCCUGGUGACCCGUAUGAACCGGAACCAGAUCACGAGUGCUGCGAGCGUGUAGUUAUCAACAUCUCCGGGCUGCGCUUUGAGACGCAGCUCAAGACUCUCUCCCAGUUCCCAGACACCCUGUUGGGUGACCCCAAGAAGAGGAUGAGGUACUUUGACCCCCUGAGAAACGAGUACUUCUUUGACAGGAAUCGGCCCAGCUUCGAUGCCAUCCUCUACUACUACCAGUCAGGUGGAAGACUGCGUCGGCCAGUUAAUGUCACUCUAGACAUCUUCUCAGAGGAGAUACGCUUCUACGAACUGGGCGAGGAGGCCAUUGAGAUUUUCAGGGAGGAUGAGGGCUUCAUCAAGGAGGAAGAACGACCUCUCCCAGAAAACGAGUUCCAGAGACAGGUGUGGCUGCUGUUUGAGUAUCCAGAGAGUUCCGGCGCGGCCCGCAUCAUCGCCAUAAUCAGCGUCAUGGUGAUCCUCAUAUCCAUCGUGUCCUUCUGUCUAGAGACACUUCCUGUGUUCCGGAAUGAUGUAGAGGAUGCUGGCAACAAGGUGUAUGAGCCCUUCAACAACUCUACCUCCACUAACACGUCCUCCUACUUCACUGACCCGUUUUUCAUCCUGGAGACGCUCUGCAUCAUUUGGUUUUCCUUCGAGUUCCUUGUCCGCUUCUUUGCGUGUCCGAGUAAAGCCGGGUUCUUCGGCAACAUCAUGAAUAUCAUAGACAUUGUCGCUAUUAUCCCAUAUUUCAUUACACUGGGUACCGAGCUUGCAGAAAAACCGGAGGACGGUCAGGCAGGGCAGCAGGCCAUGUCUUUGGCCAUCCUGAGGGUCAUCCGUCUGGUCAGAGUGUUCAGGAUCUUCAAGCUGUCCAGACACUCCAAGGGUCUCCAGAUCCUGGGCCAGACCCUGAAGGCCAGCAUGAGGGAGCUGGGCCUGCUCAUCUUCUUCCUCUUCAUCGGAGUCAUCCUCUUCUCCAGCGCCGUCUACUUUGCCGAGGCUGACGAGGCUGACUCUCAGUUCAGCAGCAUCCCAGAAGCCUUCUGGUGGGCCGUGGUUUCCAUGACAACUGUCGGCUACGGGGACAUGGUGCCCACCACCAUCGGCGGUAAGAUCGUUGGCUCUCUCUGCGCCAUCGCCGGCGUGCUGACCAUCGCCCUGCCCGUCCCGGUCAUCGUGUCCAACUUCAACUACUUCUACCACCGGGAGACGGAGGGCGAGGAGCAGGCGCAGUACCUGAACACACCCAGCACGCCAAAGGCAGACACCGCCGUGGACCUGAAGAACAGCGGGCACAGUGCCAGUGGUUCCACCCUCAGUAAGUCAGACUACAUGGAGAUACAGGAAGCAGCACUCAACCACAGCUCUGAGGACUUUAGAGCAGAGAGCCACAAAACAGGUAACUGCACCACGCUAGCCAACACCAACUACAUCAACAUCACCAAGAUGAGAACGGAUGUGUAGCCCAGUUAUGGGGGAGCUAAGGCAGCUUCCUGGGUUGUAGGUAAGACGCGUGGAGGGAGGACUUAAAGAAGAUACUCAUUACCUGAUGAUACCUGAAGAUUUAGGAGCCAAACAGUAGGAGUUUGGAUCACUGGAUUGGAUCACUAAAAGGAGUAAUUAUCCUGCAAGAGGAAUCUUAGCCCCCCAAUUCAGCCCAAAUGAACCUGCCCCCCUGCCCUUCCCUUCCCCCAGUAGUAGGUGAAGCAUCCCUGUGUUCAGUGUCUUCAUUACGCUUUGGGAUCUUUGAGACGCUGUCAAGUAUAUGUCUGUCUGCUCUGCUUGCUACAUUAGCCCAAUAGAGGACCCGUAUAACCACUAUAACACCAUCAGCCUGCUAUGAACCAGUCCUAUCCUUUGGGAGAUAACGAGAAAAAGGACCUGAUCAACAUUAUCUUCUGAUUUAGCUCUAACUGCCAGCCUACAGGAGCUUCUUGACCCAUUCACUCCCACACAGUACCUUCUUAAAGACACAGACAUUAUUUCACCAGAAGAAUGUAUGAGGAUGUCAAUGAUGUGCUGUCUUCGUGCCCUGUCAGCUCUUCACGGGCUUCUUAACAUACCGUCUGACCCUACUGGCACCAGAGACCUGACUCUUUCAUUUCAUGUGUCUUCAGAAAUUCCAAGGCAGUCAAUAAGGAUUUAAGCUGCCCGACCUCCUUCCCUCGGCCCGUGAUAACGGGUGGUGGUGAAGUGAUGGAUAGUGUGCUCUCUCAGUGGAGUAUGGAUUUAAUAUAUUCAUGUACAUUUUAUUAAUAUCGGUGGUGCAGGUCUGAACGUGUUCUUGGCUCAUCUGUUCAAGGCACAGAGACACACACUGAAGCUAGAAAAAAAAAUGAAAUCUUAAAAUACUAUUGCCCCCAUCUCUAUAGCCGCCCACUCAGUCAUUGUCUCUAUUGACCUAUCUCUCUAAUUUUAUCUCACAAAUUUUAUCCCACUAACUCUAUCCCACUAACUCUAUCCCGCUAACUCUAUCCCGCUAACUCUGUCCCGCUAACUCUGUCCCGCUAACUCUGUCCCGCUAAAUCAAUUCUGUUAACUCUAUCCCGCUAACUCUAGCCCACCAAUUCUAGCCCUGUAACUCUAUCCUUCCAAUUCUAUCCCUUUAACUCUAUCCCUUUAACUCUGUUAUUGGAACUCUAUCCAAAUAAUGAUAUCCAACUUUAUUCUUUUAACUCCUCCCCUCAAAGACUGUUACUUUAACACUAUCCAACUAACUCUGCACCUCUAACUCUACCUCUCUAACUCUAUCCCUGUAAUUCUCUUUCUAACUUUCUAUCUAUUCCCAUAUCACCUUUCUCUCUCUUUCCCUGUCUCUUUUCUUCCCCACUCUCUCCCUCAAUUCUUAUUCACUCCAUCUUCUUUUGUCUCCAUGAAUCUCUUUCUGUCUGUCUCUCUCUACCGCACUCCAUCUUCCCUUUCCGCUUUUACAGAAUCAAUUCCGGCCCAACGCCCAGCAAUAGGGAUGGCUACCUUGCCCUGCACUUUUUCUUGUCUUCAAAUCAUUCCAUGUUGGUAGUGUUGAACCGCUAUGUUCAUCACCUGGACCAAGCAGUGUAGUUCUAGAAGGACCGCUCUGUUCUUCUUGUGGACCAAGCAAUAGUUCAAGGACUACUGUAUUUAUCAACUGGAUCAAGCAGUAAUUCUAGAAGGACUGCAGUAUUCAUCAACUGGACUAAUCAGUAGUUCUAGAAAGACUGCUGUGUUUAUCAACUGGACCAAUCAGUAGUUCUAGAAGGACUGCAGUAUUCAUCAAUUGGACUGAUCAGUAGUUCUAGAAAGACUGCUGUGUUCAUCAACUGGACCAAUCAAUAGUUCGAGAAGAACUGCUGUGUUCAUCAACUGGACCAAUCAGUAGUUCUAGAAGGACUGCUGUGUUCAUCAACUGGACCAAUUAGUAGUUCUAGAAGGACUGCUGUGUUCAUCAACUGGACCAAUUAGUAGUUCUAGAAGGACUGCUGUGUUCAUCAACUGGACCAAUUAGUAGUUCUAAAAAGCCUACUGGAAGCCUAUUUGUCUACUGGACAAAUCAGAUGUUCUAGGACCACGGUCCAAAUGGCAUCCCAUUUGCUCUAUAGUGCACUCCUUUUGAAUCGUGCUCAUAUGCACUAUACAAGGAAUAGGGUGUUAAUUGGAUACCAACCGGGUGGGGAGGGGAGAGGUCUAAAUUGACAUCCACUUGGUGUUUUUAUGUCAUCAACUUUGGCCUUAUAGCCACUGACACAGCAUGCACAGGUUUGUUGUAUUGUUGGUCAGUUGUUAAAUGCUGGACUGUAGUCUCAUGCUUUUGUUGUUACGUGAGCUAAACCCUAGUGUUUAGUUAGGCAGAAUUGUUUAUGCAAGCAAACCCAGCUCUGUAUAAGGUAAGCUAAUUGGCUGAUUGCUAGCAAGCAACAUUAGAUUGUGAAAUGAAUCACUAGCUAGCUGCAAUAGCAAAAUUAACAAUAUAAGAAGCACAGCUUUUUAUUGAUGGAAUCCCUUGUAAGAAAGUUGAUCAAAUUAUCAAAUAAUGAAAGUAGCGUGAUCAGCAAAAUCAGUGACCUAGCUACAAGCUCAAAUCCGGGGUUGUAGUCAGGGUACCUCCUCAUUCAUUAAAUUGGUGCCAGGCCUUGGACAACACCAUCAAAAGCUGUUGAGUUCCAGUUGAGUUUUGCGCACAUAGAUACAAAAAUUAUUUUGCAGACUGUAACUGCCGUUGUGUGUUAUCAGUUUUAGAAAAUGCAAGGAUUUGAUUGAAUAGACCUUUGUGGGGCUGAAAGAUCUCAGAACGAAUGGUUGAUUUUAUUGUAAUUAUAACAUUAGCAUUUUUUUCUGCUGACGUUAUUUUUCUAUUUUGCUUUCCAUUUUGGGCGGGUUGUGCAAUACGUUGUUUAUAUAUGGAUAGUCUGAAAGUAGAAUCACUAUCAUACCUCAGUUAGCUGUGAAAUUCCAAGUUUGAAAGUAAGUGGUUCUGCUGACAUGGGACCCAUAUCAGCAAAACAUGACAUUGUACACUAUUUUCAGGGACCUUUUUUGGGUCAAUAGCGCCCAUUUACAACCUGUGACCAGAUGUCUUGGAAUAUAUCUUUAAGUAUUUAGACCUGUCUACUGAACUGCUUUUCAGGUGUUCAGUUUCAAACUCUUCACUCUAAUUGUCAUGGUUCAAAUCCAUGUGAUUAGCAAAGCUAAUCAUUAACAAAGCAAAUAAUAAUAAAAUAACCAAUAUACAUUACGUUUAUUUGUAUUAUUAUUUAGAAAUAUGUGAAGGGGGCUUCCAUAAUACUGUAAAUGAUAUAAGUAUAUCCAAUAACUGACCUGUGAUCAUAACAAAAAUGAUUUGCUAAGCUAGCUACCUGCCAUAUUUGCCACUCCCAAAGUAAAUGACAAAAAGCACCAAAACCUUUGAAUUAACAGGCUGUGUCCCAAAUGGCUCCCUAGGGGUCCUGGUCAAAGGUAGUGCACUAUAUAAGGGAAUAGGGUGCCAUUUGGGAUAAAUUACAAUGUUUCAUUCAACAAAAGAUUAGUAGUCAAGUGUACUGUAGUCGUUUUGUAUUCAUACUUAAUGUUAUUGACCCGUUCCUUGGUGCAUUUUGCCCAAAUUAUAUGAAGCUAUAAUACUGGACAACAUGUGAUGGACCUCUAUGGCGUCCAUAUUAGGACAGCCUCAAUCUCAAUAGACCUGUAUGGCGUCCAUAUUAGGACAGCCUCAAUCUCAGUAGACCUGUAUGGCGUCCAUAUUAGGACAGCCUCAAACUCAGUAGACCUGAAUGGCGUCCAUAUUAGGACAGCCUCAAUCUCAGUAGACAUGUAUGGUGUCCAUAUUAGGACAGCCUCAAUCUCAAUAGACCUGUAUGGUGUCCAUAUUAGGACAGCCUCAAUCUCAGUAGACCUGUAUGGUGUCCAUAUUAGGACAGCCUCAAUCUCAAUAGACCUGUAUGGUGUCCAUAUUAGGACAGCCUCAAUCUCAAUAGACCUGUAUGGUGUCCAUAUUAGGACAGCCUCAAUCUC